UCCCUCUCUCUAACAACUCUCUUGUUCGCUUCAUUUGUAGUAAGUCGUUCUCUGCAACUCGAAGAGAGCUCUCUCUCUCUCUCUUCUCUCUCCCCUUUCUCUCUCUAAAAGCGAAAGUAUGAACACGAGAUAAGCGUCGUCAUCAACAUCAGCAACAGAUUUCGUCAGCUCUCCUCUCUCACGCAUGGCCUUCCACAACCACCUCUCCCACCAAGACCUCUCCUCGCUGCACCACUUCGCCGCCGACCAGCAGCAGGCGCCCCAGCCGACGCAGCAGCAGCAGCACCUGCCGGAAUCCUCCGCCGCCUCCUCCGUCCACCACCAGCUCCACGCCGCCGCUCCCAGCUGGCUCAACACCGCCCUCCUCCGCUCCGACGCGGCAGCGGCCGCGGCGGCUGCCGCGAGCAGCAACAGCUUCCUCAACCUCCACACCUCCUCCGACUCCGCCGCGUCGUCGCAGCCGCCGUCCACCCCCGCCUCCGCCGCGGCGGCGACGGGCCACCACCAGUGGCUGUCUCGGCAGCACUCCUCCCUCCUGCAGCGCAACCACAGCGAGGUCAUCGACGCGGACUCGAUCAUCGAGUCGGCGGAUUUGAAGGAGAGCGUGAGCAAGGGCGACGCCGGGGGUGGCGCUGCCGUGGAGAGUAAUUGGGAGAAUGCGAAGAACAAGGCGGAGAUAUUGGCGCACCCGUUGUAUGAACAGCUGCUGUCUGCUCACGUGGCUUGCCUGAGGAUUGCCACGCCGGUUGACCAGUUGCCGAGGAUCGACGCUCAGCUGGCUCAGUCGCAGCAUGUGGUGGCUAAGUACUCCGCGAUGAGUCAAGGAUUGGUUGGGGAUGAUAAAGAGCUUGAUCAGUUCAUGACACAUUAUGUCCUCUUGCUUUGCUCUUUUAAAGAACAACUGCAGCAACAUGUCCGUGUCCAUGCCAUGGAAGCUGUAAUGGCAUGCUGGGAGAUUGAGCAAUCCCUGCAAAGUUUGACAGGUGUUUCUCCUGGUGAAGGUACUGGGGCAACAAUGUCAGAUGACGAAGAUGAUCAAGUAGAUAGCGAUGCCAACUUGUUUGAUGGAAGUUUAGAUGGUACAGAUAGUUUGGGAUUUGGUCCUCUCAUUCCAACUGAGACUGAGAGAUCAUUAAUGGAGCGUGUGAGGCAAGAGUUGAAGCAUGAAUUGAAACAGGGGUAUAAGGAAAAGAUAAUUGAUAUACGAGAAGAGAUUCUUCGUAAGCGAAGAGCAGGAAAACUUCCUGGUGACACCACAUCGGUUUUGAAAUCAUGGUGGCAAUCGCACUCAAAGUGGCCAUAUCCAACGGAGGAGGACAAGGCAAGGUUGGUGCAGGAAACUGGCUUGCAAUUAAAGCAGAUAAACAACUGGUUUAUCAACCAGAGGAAGAGGAACUGGCACAGUAACCCGUCCACCUCUACAGUAUUGAAGAGCAAGCGCAAAAGGUAAUUAAAUUAAGCCAGUGAGUGAAUUAACGAUUCUUCUAGAGCUUCUCACCAACUAAAAUUUGAAAUGAAGUAAUGCAGGUGAAAAUAGCAGCGACCGCUUCAUGUAGAUGAAGGAAAAUCUUAAGCUAAACUCCUGUCGAGUCGUGCACGUGCUCAUGAUCCAGCGGCACAUAUGGUUGGUGGCAAAUCAAGCGCAACUUCCUUUUCAUUCCAUAGAGGAAGAGCCUAACAUAGGUGAAAAAAAUCUGCCCACUUUCUGCUUCUGUAAGAGAACCGCAAAGUGAAUCCAGAGGGCAGAUUCGAAACUAUUCCCGCAUCACUUGGAAGUCCUGGAAUAAAGAUUGCUGUCUCAUAAAUUAUGUGAACAGAUUCCGCUGCAUCGGCUGAUGGGUGUAAUUUUUGUUUAUUGUAUUGAUAUAUGUGAAUAAGUACAGAGAAGGGUUGUGGGUUUAUAGUAGGAUAGCUUUUGCUUAGUUCCAUACACGUAUAAUAGAGAUUAUAGCUUCUUAGGUGUUUGUCAUUUCUCCUGUAGUGUACACUGUGAAGCAAAUGUAGCUUGGUUUUGCUUACACAAAUCUGUCUGGGCUGGCUGAUGUAUCAACCAACGGACAAAAUAAAGUCGUGCGGCAUUUUGGAGCGA